GACCUUCACAACACUAGACAUAUUUAAUGUGAUUUAUUUGCUAUUCUUUCAAAAGCCAACAAAAAAGCGACUACACAGCUCAAAUCGGAGGAAUGUUUAUCCAAUAUUUAUAAAUAUAUGUAGGACUAUCGCAAUACGAUGGAAUUCUGCACAGAUUUCAGUAGCUGGGAUAGGGGCACCAUCGAGGCGUGCCGCACUUGCGGCACUUAUUUCGACAUCGACGAUGGUCUGAUUAAACCCAUAUUUCUCCCGACGGCCGGUGUCGACGCCAAAUCUGAUGUUGGGAUGGCUGAAAUCCUGCAGCAGCUGAGCGCAUGGAACUUAUUGGUAACAAAGGAAGACGGUCGUCCGCAGUACAUGUGCAUUUCCUGCAUUGCCGAAUUCCAGAGACUGUUGCAAUUCAAGUGCAGCUGCCUCGAGGCCCAUGAGCAGUACGCAGGGCAUCAGCUAACUCCUGGUAUAAAGAUAAAAAAUGAACUCGAAAUCCAGGCGGAGGAGAAGUUCUGUGGCUUCAUCUAUCUCGACUCGGACGAGGAAGUGAGCGACGAAGAUGGCAGCCGACGGGUCUCCGCAGCCUUCGAUAUUCAACAUGUGCCCAUUAAGGAAGAGCAUAUGGCCCGAGUGCCGACACAACAGAGUGAAAUUAAGUUUGUGCCGCCCCAACCGCAGCCACUGCUUCCGCUGGUGGGCUCUCCCAAAGAAGAACUUGAUGUUGGUGGGAUGACCAAUGAAAGUGGAAGCAAUGCCAAUAACAUUUCCUUUGUUAGUGAAAGCAAUCCCAAUGCCAUAUCGUAUGAAAUUGAAAAUGAGAAUGAUAAUGAGAGCGACGAAGAAGAAGUCCUCAAAUUCACAUACGACGAUGACGAAGAUGCCAUGAUCAUUCCCCAGCCUAUGCAAUCCACGUCUGUUCUCUGUAAGAUCUGCUUCCAGGAGAUACCCAACCAGCUUUACCAGACGCAUAUGGAGCGCAUGCACCUGUCCAAGGAUUGGGAGUGUCAUCUCUGUGGCAAGAAGUUCUUGAAUUCUAAAGAGUCACGUCUGAAGUUGCACAUGAAAUGGCACAAACUGCAGCGCCGCCUGAAAUGCCCGAUCUGUGGCUUCUUUUGCAACUCAAAGGAGACCCUCAAGGAUCACAAGCGAGCCGUGCACUCGCGUACCGUCUGCCAAUAUUGUGGAAAGGUUAUGAAACCCAAUAUUCUGCAGUCGCAUAUGAAGAAGCAUCUGGAUGAACGUGAAGCUGAGUUGGCCCAAAAGCUGGCAUCUGCAGAAUGUCCAGCCACUUCUGCUUCAGACCAGAAGCUGAUUCCUGUCAAGGAUUUUGGUCCAUUCUCUGCAGGCGAAAGCAAGCUCAAAGUUGUGAACCAUCUGCGACCACCGUCUACUUCCUCUGCAGUCCAGAAACUGACACUUUUGGACCAGCCAGAGACGGCAUCUGCAGCCCAGGAACGUGCCUCAAUGCAGACUCAAGUUCCGCUUUCUCCAUUGCCUUUUAAGGAAAAUAAGGAGAUUUUAGAUACUUCUUCGCCCAUCCAGCACCAUCAAACAUUUGAGGCCUUUCCGGGGCCCAUUUCUCCAGUUCCGCUGAAUAAUCCAGUUCAGCAUCAAAGCAUCAAAAGCUGCACUCUCCAGUCAAGCAGCAACAGAAGCUACAAUCUCCAGUUCAGCAGCAGAACCAACAAUCUCCAGCAGCAGCAGAAGCUGCAGUCUCCACUCCAGCAGCAGACGCUGCAUUCUCCCCACCAACAGCAAAAGGAGCAGCAAAAACCUGAGGACACUCCAGUGACUUGCUCUCCCGUGAUACCAUUUUGUGUCAUCCAAUGCGCCUUCUGCAGCGAAAAGUUUGAGAAGCCCCAGCAACUGCAGGACCAUGUGCUGAACAAACACAAGGAUAUGAAUAGUCCACCAACAAAAAUCAAUCCACUGCAGCAGCCCUUACCAAUAGCCAUUAACAUGGACAUGGACACCGAUGAGACCUUCUUCGAAUCGGAUUUAACUUCUUCUGAUCAGGUAUCAUCCAAGCUGGAUGUAAGCCAGAAUAUGAGCUCUACCAGCUGCAAUUCCUCCAUUAACAAUUCCUACGACAAAUCCUACUGCAAGUGUCACAUAUGCGGCAAGGAAUUCGAUUUGAAAAUCAAACUUAAUCGACAUCUCAAGCAGCACAAUAAGGCUCCCUUCUAGACUCUGUGUGCUGUCACUUUUUCUUUGUGAUUUUUUUGGUUGAAUCCUAAAUAAAUGCAUUUUUAAUUUUAAGUCUGGGUUCUAGCUCUUUUCAACUUUCAAGUGCACAAAUUGCGUCAGUUCUUUCCUUGGAAAAUUCAUUUGAAAUUCAUUCAUUUCAUCUAUCAUUUACAUAUUGUCUAAGCCAAUCGUAGUUUAAGCUAAGAAUCUAAGUCGAAAAAUUCAAGACUUACAAAC